UUACUUAACUUCAUCAGCUUCUUCAUCCUCUAGAAAACAUAACAAAGAACAGGUGAACAACAAAGAAGCACUAGAAAAAGAGAGUCAUGGCCACCUCUGCCAUUCAAAGGUCUGCAUUCGCUGGUCAAACUGCUUUGAAGCAACAAAAUGAGUUCAUCCGCAAAGUUGGCAAUGUCGAAGGUGGUCGUAUCUCCAUGCGACGCACUGUAAAAAGCAUUCAAUCAAGCAUGUGGUAUGGACCAGACAGACCCAAGUACUUGGGACCAUUCUCAGAACAGACCCCAUCUUACCUCACUGGUGAAUUCCCAGGUGACUACGGUUGGGACACAGCCGGGUUAUCUGCUGACCCAGAGACAUUUGCAAAGAACCGCGAACUCGAAGUGAUCCACUGCAGGUGGGCUAUGUUGGGUGCCCUAGGAUGCGUCUUCCCUGAGGUUCUCUCAAAGAACGGUAUCAACUUCGGCGAGGCAGUAUGGUUCAAAGCUGGAUCACAGAUCUUCUCCGAGGGAGGUUUGGACUACCUUGGAAACCCCAACUUGGUACAUGCCCAAAGCAUUCUUGCAAUCUGGGCUACUCAGGUUGUGCUAAUGGGGUUUGUGGAGGGAUACAGAGUUGGUGGUGGUCCACUUGGAGAAGGACUAGACAAACUUUACCCCGGUGGAUCUUUUGACCCUCUAGGAUUAGCUGAUGACCCAGAGUCAUUCUCUGAAUUGAAGGUAAAGGAAAUCAAGAAUGGAAGACUUGCUAUGUUCUCUAUGUUUGGGUAUUUCGUUCAGGCUAUUGUUACCGGAAAGGGUCCAAUUGAAAACCUUUAUGACCACAUCGCCGAUCCUGUUGCAAACAAUGCAUGGGCUUACGCUACUAACUUUGCUCCUGGAAAUAAGGGUACUGGAUCGCAGAUCUUCUCCGAGGGUGAUUUGGACUACCCUGGAAACCCUAACUUAGUACAUGCCCAAAGCAUCCUUGCAAUCUGGGCUACUCAAGUUGUGCUAAUGGGGUUUGUUGAGGGAUACAGAGUUAGUGGUGGUCCACUUGGAGAAGGACUAGACAAACUUUACCCCGGUGGAUCUUUUGACCCUCUAGGAUUAGCUGAUGACCCAGAGUCCUUUUCUGAAUUGAAGGUAAAGGAGAUCAAGAAUGGAAGACUUGCUAUGUUCUCCAUGUUUGGGUAUUUUGUUCAGGCUAUUGUUACAGGAAAGGGUCCUAUUGAAAACCUUUAUGACCAUGUUGCUGAUCCUGUUGCAAACAACGCAUGGGCUUAUGCUACAAACAUUGUUCCUGGAAAAUGAAUGUAGCGUUUUCUAGGUGUAUCAUUACUUCAGAAUUGUUAUGUUUGCUGUAGUUCCUUGGCUGUACAUUGUAAUCUUCUCUAGUAGCUAGAAUAUAUAUAACUAUUUUUCCUGUUACUCA